GUUCUUCUCCAAGUUCUGAAAAAGUUUGGCUUCUUGCGUGAUGGACAAACGGUAGCCUGCGCGGCAAGCCCGCGCUUUUGCGGCCCAUGUUUGUCUCGCCAUCGCAUGCUUCUCAUCGAAAGCACCGCAGCAGUCAUGGGAGAAGGCAGCAACUUGCCCUCCUAGGUGUCGGCCUUUCGUUGAUCAAUGCUGCGGCCUUCGCUCGUCCUCGAGGAUUUGGUGCCGUUCCUCUCAAGGACACCAAAGAGGCAACUGUCAUCGAUGUCUCUCCGGGAAGAGUUGCUGGUGCUGUCGGUUCAAUGCUCAAGGCGCAGAAGCGGCCAGGUGUAGAUGUGGUCAUUGCAGGAGGAUCUCUAGCAGGGUUGUGGCUGGCCAUGCUGCUGAGUGCAGGCGUUGCUAUUGGCAAAGUAGCACGUGUCCGUCUCUACAAGGGAAAGGCUUCAAAGAAGUUCUCCGAGGACACCCUUGAGGUUGCCACACUGGAAGGCAUGCUGUGGUCUCAAAUUCCUGAUCAUUUCAGAAAGGUUUUGACCUCCAUCGGAUUUGCCGAACAGUGGCCCAAGAUGGAAGAGUCUGAAGAAGAGUUCCCACGCAAUGUGGCAGUUUUCCGGCUCAAAGACGCCCUAGAGAAGUACCUUGAGGAGGCAGAUUGCGUGGAGCUCAUCUCCGAGGAUUAUAGCCUGGCGGAGCAUGGAAGUUUGCUGCGAGAAGACGACCGUCCUCAAUGCAUCGCCUUUGCAGACAGAGCGUCCUUGAAGGCAUGUGAGGAGAUCUUUGAGGAUCUUUUUGCACGACCGAUUCCUCGAGAAGCUGGCGGGUUUCUGGUUGCUCCAGAGAGGACCCUGGCCGUCUCGGUCUCUGUGGACGAAGCACCACCUCUCGGAACGACGAUGGUGUUGAACUGGGCUCAGAGGAGAUAUUUCCUCAAUUGGGCAGGCGAACAAGAAGGUGUACUUCAGAUUCGCUUGACACCAGAUGAAGGGCAACUUGUUGCAGAAUUGAUGCAGACAAGCGAGCCAUUGAAGAAGCUGCAGCAGAGAGAUGAAGAGUCAAGUGAAGCGCUGGCAGGCCUAUGGGACGACAUCAGAGAUGCCUGUCGCAUCUUUGACCUGCCAGAGGGUUCCGUCUGUGGACUUGCACUCUUCGCCGCAGACGUGGCAGACCGCCCGAGCUACACGCGAUUUCCUGGUGUGGAGGCAGAGGAGGAGCCUUUGGUUGCCUUCUUGCUGGGCGGCGCUGCCCGACAAGGCUCGGCCAGUUUCGGUCCUGGCUUCGGGGCGUCUGGAGACCUCGAAGCCGCCACCUCCGCGGCGAAGGCCCUUCUCUCAGACCGUGCCCAAGCCGUCGCACGCGUGGACCUCGAUGCAGUUGCCAGCCACGAGGUGGCAAUGAAGGGCUUGUGUGCUAGAGAGCGCCAGGUCGGCUUGGGCUUGGGCCAGUGCAUCGACUCCGGACUGCGCAACGAUGGUCCUCAGGCUGAGGACACUGUGCUGGGGCGUUUGGAGGCCACACUCAAGCAGCUGCGGAAGCAUCCACAGCGGUGGCCUCCUUGUGUGCAGGACACACUCCCAUCCUGGGAAGAGCUACAACAGCAGCUGCUGAGUAGAAGCGUCUCAGCACGUUGCUGGCGGGCCAUGGCCGCAUCAGGCCCCUGGCCAGACCCGGCCAAAGAGGAGGCGGAGAAGACGGUUGCUGAAGCAGAAGCUGCUGCCUACGAUUUUGGUGGUGCAACGGAACAAGGUCUCCAAGCCGCCAAGUCCCUGGAAGACCAAGCAGACCUUGGAUCUGCUGAGUCGAUGUUUCAGCUUGGCGUGAUGUAUGUCACCGCAAACGGCGUGGACAAGGAUAUGUCCAAAGCAUUUCACUGGAUCCAAAAAGCUGCUGACUUGGAACACUUAGAAGCACAAAACUGCGUGGGCACCAUGCUUCGGAAUGGUUUGGGCGUCGAGAUCCGGAAGGAGGAAGCAGCGCAAUGGUUCGAGAAGGCCGGUGCCCGUGGCCAUGCAGAAGCACAAUUCAACCUUGGAGAGAUGUUCUGGGAUGCAGAGCUUCCACAAGACCUGGAGGCCGCUGUGUUGCUUUUCCAGAAAGCAGCCCAGGCGGAUUUGGACGCAGCUCAAUUCAAGCUUGGCCUUGCACUGCGGCGUGGCCUGGGAAUUGAGAUGGACGUGCCACAAGGGAUGCAAUACAUUGAGAAAGCAGCGCAGCAUGGGCUUGCUGAAGCAGAGUGUUUUUUGGGAUCCUGCUUCUUUAGUGGUGAUGGUGUUCAACGAGACCUGGUGAAAGCAGCUAGCUUUUUUCGCAGAGCGGCCGAACAGGGAGAUGUGACGGCCCAGUACAGCCUUGGCGUCAUGCAUGAGCUGGGGGAAGGUGUGCCGCGAAGUGACACACAAGCGCAGCAUUGGUUUCGCACAGCAGCAGCCCAAGGAUCCCUGGAGGCUCAAGCACGUGUCCGCAGCCCAGGUCUAUUGCCGCCUCCUUCAGCUUGAAGCAGCAGAUAGGUCCUUGCCAUGGUAAGGAUCACAAGCAGUUGCAGUUCUUGACAGUGUGGCGCUGAAUGCUAUGAUUGCUAUUCUGCAACACUGGUGUGGCUUCGAAAGGAGUUCAUAUAGCCAGACGGUACGUGACACUACGAGACUACGUGAUUGGUAUUCGGGCGUGUCCUGCUACAUUCUCAGGGUUCUCCGGCUUGCUCCAGCACUUGCUCCAGCAGCCCAGGUUGUCAUGAAAAAGCCCACCCAAACUCAGAACGACAUGUUUGCCCUCGUCCAGGGCUUCUUUAUCGGGAGUUGCGAACAGCGCUGGAGCACACGGGGCCCUAAAGUUGGAAUCGCGCAUUCUCGCGGG